AUGGAGAAAAGGGAGAGGCACUUUGUAUUAGUUCAUGGAGCCUGUCAUGGGGCAUGGUGUUGGUAUAAGGUGGCAACUUUGCUGAGAUCUGCUGGUCACAGAGUCACUGCCUUGGACCUCGCGGCUGCCGGUGCCAAUGGAAAGCGAUUAGACGAGCUUAAUUCAAUUUCAGACUACUAUGAACCAUUGAUUGAGUUCAUGACCUCACUCGUAACCGGGGAAAAGGUGAUCCUGGUAGCUCACAGCUUGGGUGGGGUCAGCGUAUCGGUUGCAAUGGAGAGGUUCCCUCAGAAAAUUUCUGUGGGAGUUUUCGUAGCAGCUCUAAUGCCGGGUCCUGAUUUAAAUCUUCCCACUGUUCUUCAAGAGCUUCAUCAGAGUAGUGUGGGUGCUUCCUUGGAUACGCAGUACACGUUCGACAGAGGGCCCAACAAUCCUCCAACCUCCCUGAUAUUUGGCCCGGAGUACUUGGCAGCCAAGCUUUAUCAGCUCUCCCCACCUGAGGAUUUGAUGCUUGCAACCACGUUGAUGAGGCCCAUCAAUGUCUUUAAUGGAGAAAAUUUGCUGACGGAAACAACAGUGACUAAGGAAAAGUAUGGAACGGUUCGUCGAGUUUAUAUUAUAUGUGAUAAGGAUAAGAUGCUAGAAGAGGAUUUUCAGCGAUGGAUGAUAAAAAAUAAUCUAACGGAUGAGGUGAAAGUGAUUUUGGGUUCAGAUCACAUGCCCAUGUUCUGUAAGCCAUUGGAUCUAUGUGUUUAUUUGCAAGAAAUGGUUGAAAGUUAUUCUUAA